GACGGGACGAGCGGUCCUCCUGGAACCACAUCGCCGCUGCUUUUCCUCUUCCUCUUCCUCUUCCUCAACUAUUUUUUGGGGUCAGAUUCCGUCUCUCCUACCAAAGGAUUUUCUUUCUCUUCCUCUCGAUCUUUCUCAAACUGAUCAUGGAAGUCGAGGUUUUGAAGGAAUUUCCCCAUUCACGCAUAGCAGAUGGCCGUCCCCGGAAGCGUGCUAGGUUGGGUUGGGACGUCGACCCGGAAACGGCCGCGAAGGCUCAAAUAGGUAUAUUAUGUGGGCAAGAAGUUAACAUGAAGAACAUGGUAUCUUCCGGGGCUACUUUGAAUGAUACUUGUUCUUCCCAAUAUGCAAAGGAUUUGGGUCGACAACCUUCCCCCCCUUGGAGAGGAGAUGAUAAAGAUGGGCAUUACAAAUUUGAACUUGGAGAAAACUUAACUUGUCGCUAUAAGAUCCACAGCAAAAUGGGUGAAGGAACCUUCGGUCAGGUUCUAGAAUGUUGGGAUAGAGAAAGAAAUGAAAUGGUAGCCAUAAAAAUUGUUCGUAGUAUCAGGAAGUAUAGACAAGCAGCUAUGAUAGAAAUCGAUAUGCUGCAGCAGCUUGGAAAGUAUGAUACUAAUGGAAGUCGUUGUGUGCAAAUACGGAACUGGUUUGACUAUCGUAACCAUAUCUGUAUUGUGUUUGAGAAGCUUGGUCCAAGCUUAUAUGAUUUUCUACGCAAAAACAGUUAUCACUCAUUUCCAAUUGAUCUAGUUCGAGAGUUUGGAAGACAACUAUUGGAAUGUGUAGCAUUUAUGCAUGAUAUGCGCCUCAUUCACACUGAUUUAAAGCCUGAGAAUGUACUUCUUGUUUCCCCAGAGUACAUCCAAGUACCCAAUUUCAAAGUCUCAAUCAGAUCUUCAAAUGAAGGAUCUUACUUCAAAAGAUUACCAAAAUCAAGUGCUAUCAAGGUUAUUGAUUUUGGAAGCACAACUUAUGACCGCUUAGAUAAUAGCUAUGUGGUCUCAACUAGACACUAUCGGGCACCAGAAGUUAUCUUGGGACUUGGUUGGGGCUAUCCUUGUGAUAUUUGGAGCAUUGGUUGUAUCCUUAUUGAACUUUGCUCAGGUGAGACGCUGUUUCAGACUCAUGAAAACUUGGAACACUUGGCCAUGAUGGAGAGAGUUUUCGGACCUAUACCAACUAACAUGCUAAGGCUUGCUAAUCGAGGUGCUGAGAAGUAUGUAAGAAGGGGCCUUUUGAACUGGCCUGAAGGUGCAACUUCAAGAGAAAGUAUCAAGGUAGUGUUGAAAGUUCCAAAGCUUCAGAAUGUGGUCAAACAGCACACUGAUCAUUCUGCUGGGGAUUUUAUUGAUCUGCUGCAAGGGCUUCUGAGAUAUGACCCUGUAGAUAGAUUGGGAGCUCGUGAGGCUCUAGAACACUCUUUUUUCAAAAGAAGUUGAAACUGAAGGUCACCCAUGUAACUUGUGCUCUAUCUUCGCCUGGAAGAUGGAUACAUCCUACUAACCAGUCUUUCGUGUACUUGAGAAUAGCCAUUAGUGUUUUGUGUAAUAUGGUUUCCUGAUCUGUAAAUUUUUUGAUUGUGGCUAUAUCAAUUGUUCUUACUGUUACCUAAUGGUUCAACGCAGCAGUAUGGUUACUGGCCUGAAGCCUAACCCUAAACGGAAUUUACACUAGUUUGAGCCUAGCGGCAAUCUUUCCCUGUA